GAGAGUCCGAGAGAGAGAGAGAAGGAGAGAGACCCAGUCAGUCAGUCAGUCAGUCAGUGGCUAACAUCUGCAGAGCCUCGGCACAUGCAAAUUCCCACCCUUUCUCGAGGCGAAGCAGAUUAGAUCAAAUCGAUAUCAUCAUCAUCAUGCCCUGCAAAAUCCCCGUCUCUCUCUCCUUGGUUGGUUCGAUUUCUCCGCAAGCAAAGGAACAAAAUCUCGCUCGUCCCACAUCAGCAGAUCCCCUUCCUCGCAUCGUCACCAUCGCCAUCACCAUCUUCUCUCUCUCUCUCUCUCUCCAGUGAGACUCGGUCUUCUUCUCUGUACCGGAGUUCAGUGACAUUGCCGCAACGAUCUCGUUGCCCCCACUAAAUCUCGGGACCAAACCCAACUGACCCCUCGAAUCAUGCAGCUUCGCCGACACUCCUUCGUUUCCAUCGUCGCGAUUCGUAUAUGCUUGUGAAGCUGAAGAGAGUGAGAGAGAGGGAGAGAGAGAGAGAGAGGGUCUUCGAGACAAUGGAGUUCCAAGAAGCCGUGAUGAAGGUGGCCACCCCCACCCACAAGGCCAAGGAGAGAAACGGCGGCCCCAGGCUCAGCAGGUGGACCAUCGUCUCGUUUCGCAAGUCGGCCAAACCCGACAAGCCGAAAGCCGACCGCCCCCGUCAUCGGGAGGCCGUGCCCGACGAGUUCCUGUGCCCUGUUUCGGGGUCUCUCAUGGCCGACCCGGUCAUCGUCCCUUCCGGCCAUUCCUUCGAGCGAGCCUCCGUCGAGGCCUGCAAGUCCCUCGGCUUCGUCCCGCCGGCUCUGGCCGGCGACGUCGCCGCGCCGGAUUUCUCCGCGUUGAUCCCCAACCACGCCCUCAAGUCCACCAUUCUCAGCUUCUGCAGGAGCCGUUCUCUGCCUCCCCCCAAGCCUCUUGAUUCGGCGUCCGCUAAUAAGCUCGUCGCCGAUCUAAUGUCCACGCAAACCCACAGAACGCAAAUGAAACUCGCCCGCGACACGGUUGGAGAACGACGAGACUCCGUCCGCGAAGAACGAGAGAUGCGCGGUGCAAAAGCAGAGUCUUCUCGGAGCCAUCAUCAGGAUCCGCCGACGGCAAAUCAUUCCUAUUCGAGCUCCAACGACUCGGUGGCGACCACCGUCGCCUUCGAUUCGACCUCGCCGCUCCAGCUCGCGGCCCGCCCGAGCUGCUGCUGCUCGUCGUCGUGCUCCUCCUCCGAGUUCGAGCCCUUGAACCCGGCGGAGGAAGGGCUCCUCGCGAAGCUCAAGAGCCCGCUGGUCUUCGACGUCGAAGAGGCGGUCAUCGGGCUCAGGGACGAGACGCGGACGAGCGAGGAGAGCCGGGUCACGCUGUGCACCGCCCGCUUGCUCUCCUCCCUCCGGCCCCUCGUCGUCUCCAAGUACUGCGCCAUCCAGGUCAACUCGGUGGCGUCCCUGGUCAACCUGUCGCUCGCGGCGGUCAACAAGGUGAAGAUCUUGCGGUCCGGGAUUGUCCCCAACCUCGUCGACGUGCUCAAGGGGGGCUUUCCGGAGGCGGCGGAGCACGCGGCCGGCGCGCUCUUCAGCCUGGCCCUGGACGACGGCAACAAGACGGCGAUCGGCGCGCUGGGCGCCCUGCCGCCGCUCCUCCACGCGCUCCGCGCGGGGAACGAGCGGGCCCAGGGCGACGCCGCCUCGGCGCUGUACCACCUCUCGCUGGUGCAGAGCAACCGGGUCAAGCUGGUGCGGCUCGGGUCGGUGCCGGUCCUCCUUGGCAUGGUCAGGUCGGGCCGCCUCGCGGGCCGGGCCCUGCUCGUGCUGGUGAACCUGGGCUCGUGCGCGGACGGCCGGGCCGCGAUGAUGGACGCGGGGGCGGUGGAGUGCCUGGUCGGGUUCCUGCGGCGGGCGGCCGGGUCGGCCCGGGACAACUGCGUGACGGCGCUGUACGUGCUGAGCCAGGGGCUGCGGUUCAAGGGGCUGGCGAGGGCGGCGGGGGCGGCGGAGGCGCUGGAGGAGGCGGAGGGCGGGAGCUGGCGGGCGAGGGAGAUGGCGAGGAGGAUGGUGGAGAUGAUGGGGGAGAGGAGGGAGGAGGUGGAAGCGGAGGACGUGGAUUGGGAGAAGCUGCUCGAGGCGGGGACGCCGAGCCGGUGACUCGGCGGCCGGCGAGCGGGCUGGGUGUCGACUCGGUCGACUUGUUGAUUUUUCGAUUUUUUUCUUUUUUUGGACUUUUGGAAUUUUGUUUAUGGGGGUUUUUCUUUUUCUAGUCCUUCUGAAGUGUAAUUAUCUGGGCACAAUAUGCGUUGUGCUUUACGCAAUUUUUCGUUUUUUCGUUUCAUUUUGCCGAUUUGGUCUUUAUUUGCGUCAUUUUCUAUACCUUUUUGUUUUUCUGAAAGAGAGAGAAAUGUCAAGGUGUAAAUGGAGGCCCUUUUAGGGAAAUUGA